CACAGGUCUCUUUCACACAACAGCUUGACGGGCUCCAUUCCCAACAGAAUCUCCAAUCUUUCUCCGCUCGUUUAUCUGUCUCUUGCGAAAAACAAUUUGACGGGCCCCAUUCCCAACAGUAUCUCCAAGCUUGAUCGUCUCACUUAUGUGAGUCUUGCAAGCAACGAUUUGACAGGCCCCAUUCCCAACAGCAUCUCCAUGCUUUCUCAGCUUACUUAUUUGAAUCUCUCAUCCAAUUCCCUCAGUGGCCCAGUGGUCUGCGACUUUGAUUCCCGUAAUCGCAUUGAAUAUCUAAAUUUCGCUGCCAAUAAUCUCAGUGGGUACAUUCCAGCUAGUAUUCAAGACCGAACUUCAUUGGAGUUCUUGUCUCUUUCGAACAACAUUCUGACGGGUCCCAUUCCUAAUGGCAUCUCCAUGCUUGCUCAACUCACUCAUCUCUCUCUUGCAAACAACAUUCUGACGGGUCCCAUUCCCAAUGGCAUCUCCAUGCUUUCUUGGCUCACUUAUCUGGACAUACAUGGCAAUCGCCUGGAUGGGUCUCUGCCAUCGUCUCUGAGCUCCUUGAUCAACCUGGUCACCCUGGAUCUCUCAUCCAACUCCCUCAGUGGCAGCAUGUUGAGCGACCUUGUCGUCCUUGAGCGCCUCACCUAUCUAAACCUCUCUGCUACUAAUCUCAGGGGGCAGAUUCCACCUGAAAUUGGAGGCCUCACCUCAUUACAGUACUUUGACAUCUCUGGCACCAGCCUCGUUUGCCCACCUGACCACUCUGCCUGUGCCACACCGCAAUCUCCCAACACAUCCUUUUGUGGCACGUGUGGAUCCUUCUGCAAGACUUGCAGCCAAUCUGCAGCAGGUGGAGUGUCAGUGGGCGCCAUCAUUGGCAUUGUUGUUGGCGCUGUGGUCCUUCUCCUCCUUCUGGGCGCCACUCUGCUUUACUUCAGACACAAGAUUAAGUUGAAACCACAAGGCCCAAGCAGCAGCCUGGCGGCGUUGCACUGCACGGAGUUCUCAAUAGAGGAGGUCCUCACCGCCACCAAUGACUGGUCCCCCACCAACCAGCUGGGCUCGGGUGCCUUUGGCGAUGUGUACAAGGGCGUGUCUCCCCGUGAUGGCGCCGUGUGGGCUGUGAAGCGCGCCAGGCUGAUCGACGUGGACUUCCAGAACGAGAUCCAGCAGAUGGCCGACAAGAACCAUCCCAACAUUGUGACGCUUCUUGGCUUUGCGAUUGGCGGGGACUUGAGGACGCGGCCAGAGCAAGUGCUCAUCUAUGAAUACGUGCCCAAUGGCGACCUCCACAAAUGGAUCGGUCCAAGUUCGUGUGCUGCUCCUCCAGUCCGUUUUCUGCUUCGCCACUCAUGCUGCGCCACUCAUGCUGCGCCACCCAUGCUUCGCCACUCAUCCUCUCCCAUUCAUGCUCUGCCACCCAUCCCCCGCCACCCUUCCCUUGCCACCCAUCCCCCGCCACCCUUCCCCUGCCACCCAUCCCCUGCCCCUCAUGCUCUGCCCCUCAUGCUCUGCCCCUCAUGCUCUGCCCCUCAUGCUCUGCCCCUCAUGCUCUGCCUCCCAUGCUCUGCCCCUCAUGCUCUGCCUCUCAUGCUCUGCUGCCCAUUCCUCGCAGAGGCAGAGCGCCCUCUGGCUCUGAAGGAGCGCCUGGACAUUCUCAUAGGCUUGGCACGGGGCUUCGAGUAUCUGCACAGCUUUGGCAUCGUGCUAUGCAUCGUGCAUCGCGACAUCAAGCCUGACAACGUCCUCAUCACCCAUAACAUGCAGGCGAAGAUUGCGGACUUUGGUCUGCUGAGGAUGGGGGAGGGCACAAACGUGGGCACGACACGCAUCAUGGGCACGCCGGGCUAUGUGGACCCGGUCUACUCCAUCACGUGCAAGGCCACCACUGCUAGUGAUGUCUACAGCUUUGGAGUGCUCAUGCUGGUGGUCCUCACGGGACGGCCGCCAAUCUCAGAAACUGCUGGAGAGAGUCGGAAGAUCACUCCGUGGGCAGCGGAGUGUGUGUCCGCCAAUGACGUGGGGAGCCUCGUGGACGCCACCAUGGACGCCCCUGCGGAUGCUGUCAUGCGUGUGGCGCACAUCGCCCUCGCCUGCACGGGGGAGCGCACUGCCGACCGCCCAAGCAUGCUGCAGAUUGCCAACGAGCUGCAGGCCAUUCGCGAGGAGGUGGCGGGGAAAGAGGUGCAGUGUGCUGCUGCCAAGGUGGAUGCGCAGGUGCAGGAGAUGAAGGAUGUUGUCGCCGGUGUCUCAAGCCUCGACACGGAAAUUAAAAAGAUUGGGGAGCUUAGCUAUUGA